AUGACGACUCCAGGAGGAUCGCAACCAUCACCAGCUGUACAAGAGUUUAAAAUAAGAGUUCCAAAAAAUAUUAAGAAGAAAUAUCAUGUGAUGCGAUUUAAUGCCACUUUAAAUGUGGACUUUGCAAAAUGGACUCAUGUGAAAAUGGAAAGGGAGAACAAUAUAAAAGAGUUCAAAGGGAUAGAAGAGGAAAUGCCAAAAUUCGGUGCAGGCUCAGAGUAUGGGCGAGAUAUGCGUGAAGAGGCGCGGCGCAAAAAGUUUGGUAUUAUCUCAAGGAAAUACAAGCCAGAAGACCAGCCAUGGAUACUUAAAGUUGGUGGCAAAACUGGCAAAAAGUUUAAGGGCAUUCGCGAGGGCGGAGUUUCUGAGAACGCAGCAUACUACGUGUUCACGCAUGCGGCAGAUGGAGCUAUUGACGCCUACCCUUUGCAAGAAUGGUACAAUUUCCAGCCUAUCCAGAGAUACAAAGCUCUGUCUGCAGAGGAAGCAGAGCAGGAGUUUGGAAGACGGAACAAAGUUAUAAACUAUUUCUCGCUCAUGUUUCGCAAGCGGAUGCGCGGCGAAGAUGGCGUCGACGACGGCGAGGAUCCCGACGAGAAGAAACCAAAGGGCUCCAAGGCAAAGAAAGACCUUAAGAUAUCUGACAUGGACGAGUGGAUCGACUCUGACGACGAUUCGUCGGGCUCCGAGCCCGGUGAGAAGGAUAACGAUAGUGACUCUGGCGCUAAGAAGAAAAAGGACAAAAAAGCGGCUACAACCAAAAAGAAGAAGAAAGUAGAAGAUGAGGCGUUUGAAGAGAGCGACGAUGGUGAUGAAGAGGGAAGGGAAAGAGACUACAUAUCGGAUUCGUCUGAAAGCGAAUCUGAUCAUGAAACUAAGGUAAACAAGGAGCUGAAAGGUGUCGCAGAGGAAGAUGCUCUCAGGAAAUUGUUAACAUCUGACGAGGACUCUGAAGAAGAACAAGAACAGAAACAAGAGUCAGAGCAAGAGGACGAGCCCACAAAAGAGGGCGAGGAGCGCGCCAGCAAACUCACCAAGAAGAGCAAAAAGAAGCCGGAAGACGGCAAAAAAGAUUCAAGCAGCGACUUCAGUUCGGACUCCGACACCGACGCUGAGAGCAGCAACAAGAAGCCGAAGAAGGUCAAAAACAACGCCGACAAAAACGCUUCCGCGGCCAACUCUUCAGCGCCGGGGUCCGCGAGUACGUCUCGUGCGGGCAGCCCGCAGCCGGGCGGGGGCGGCGGCGCGGGCGGGGGCGCGGCGGCAGCCGUGGCAGCUGCACACGCGGCGGGCUCGCAGCCGCCCGCCAAGCGCCAAAAACUCGACCCCUCCUACACCGAGUGCGGCGUGACGGAGGAAGCGGUGCGUAGGUAUCUAGCCCGCAAGCCGAUGACUACGACGGAACUUCUCACUAAGUUCAAAUCCAAGCGGACCGGUGUCAGCAGCGAACGCCUCGUGGAGACCAUGACGCAGAUCCUCAAGCGCAUCAAUCCCGUCAAACAGAACAUCAACGGCAAGAUGUACCUUAGCAUUAAGCAAACGUGA